UCCUUUGCGGCUCCUUCAAAAUGGCCUCUACAAACGGCACACAGGAGACAGACCCUGAGAAAAUGGAACAUGACUCCACGGCGGCGCAACAACAGGAACUUCUUGGUUCAGCAAAAAACAAUGAAGAAAAACCCAAAGACUCAGACACGGAAUCUAAGAACAAACAGGGAACAGAAGCUGAUACCGUGACUGACAAGAACAGUGAAGAGAAAGAAAAAGACUCCAAGUCCAAGAACAAACAGAAGAAACGUUGGAAACAUGGAUGGAAGAACCGUGGACAGAGAGGAGGAGGGAGAGGCGGGAGAGGAGGAGGGAGAGGCGGGAGAGGAGGAGGGAGAGGAGGAGGGAGAGGAGGAGGGAGAGGAGGAGGGAGAGGAGGGAGAGGCGGACAGAGGGGAGGAAGACGUGGAGGGAGAGGCGGAAAGAAAGGCAGCAACAUUUUCGACAAGAACUUUUUCUAUGACAUGGUGCGGGAGGGGGGGACAGUUAAUGUCAACUACAACUGUCGGGUCCAGUGCCCUCAGUGGUAUUAA